GUGGAUGCCUACAACGUAUACCUAAAUACUACAUACAUAGUAGGUCGCAUGUACAAAGCACUGAGUCAUUAUUCGUUCACAACUCGAGUCAUUGCACAACUGAUCCCGUUCCCGGCCACAUCUUCAUCUCGUUCCUCCACUGCAAAUUGCCGAGGCCAAUGGGUUUGAUCUCUUUGCCCCUCGCUCUUCCCCGCUCAGCCUUCUUGUCUUACAAUCUAAGCUGGCUGUCUCACCGAUAAAGAAUGCUCUGCCCGUCGCUAAGACACCAACCACCGAUCUAGCUCGUAGGACAAGAUCUCCCAGAGGUACAGUCUCCACCGCGAUGUCUUUGCCCACGACGGAUAUCCUCCACCUCGCGGCGGGCGUCCUCGGCGUCGCGACAUACAUGCUCUACUACCACAAAGGGGAGCAUCACCUGUAUCCCUGGCGGCACGUGCAGGCUGUUCUCACUCUCGGAAUUCUCACGACACUAACCAUUAAACACCUCGAUCCAUCGCGUUAUCCAUCAACCACGACCGCAGCGCAGACAGCCACAGCCCUAACGCUCACCUUCCUCUCAACGCUCUUUGCCAGCGUGCUAGUCUACCGACAAUUCCUAAACCCACUGAAUAGAUUCCCGGGCUACCCGCUGGCGAAAAUCACAGGCUUCGACCAUGUCAUCCGCGUAGCCCGGAACAAGGACAUGUUCCUUAAAUUACAUGACAGCCACAAGAAAUGGGGGAAAUUCGUGCGGAUCGGUCCGAACGACAUUUCCGUCUCUGAUGCGGACGUUGUGCGUGUUGCGCUGGGGCCGCAGACAAAGUGUGUCAAGGCGCAGUGGUAUACGCUUGAGCUGCCUGCGGCGUCGAUGCAUACCACGCGAAGCCGGGCAGAGCAUGAUCGUCGAAGGAGAGUGUGGAGUCCAGCAUUUAGUGAUAAGGCCUUGAGAGGGUAUGAGGCGCGGAUCAAGGGGUAUAAUCAGGCAUUGAUUCAGCAGAUUGAAGGGUUUAGCGGCAAACCAAUCGACAUCUCGCAGUGGUUCAACUUCUGGUCCUUUGAUGUCAUGGGCGACCUAGCCUUUGGGCAGUCAUUCAAGAUGCUCUCCUCAGCAAAAGGCCACUGGGCAGUUGAUCUGCUUGCUAAGCAGCAGGAAGGCGCGGGCUUCGGGCUGCCCUGCUGGUCUGCACGUCUGCUCAUGUCGAUUCCCGGCGCACGAAAGGCAUAUUACACCUUUCUCCGGUUCAGCGCUGAACAGAUCGAAACUCGGAUUGGUCUGCAGGGCAAGCAAACGAAUCCAGAUAUCACGCACUACCUCAUCGAUGACUUUCUCACAAAGGGACUAGAGGGGAGUGAACGGCAGGCGGAGCUUAAGAAGAUGUAUCUUGAUAGUAAGCUUAUCAUCGUUGCCGGAAGUGAUACGACUGCGACGACAAUGGCGUUCUUGUUCUACUAUAUCGCGCGCGAGCCUGGUCUUCUGCAGCGUCUGCGGGAAGAGAUCGAGGAGUUGACUGGCCGUGGGGAGUUUGAUCAUCGCAAAAUCCAGUCUGCUCCAUUAUUGAACGGGUGCAUCAACGAGGCUCUCCGGCUGCAUCCGCCCGUCCCUAGUGGUCUAUACCGCAAGGCUCCGCCCGAGGGCGUCUAUGUUGGUGAACAGUACAUUCCAGGCGACACGGUGAUGCUGGUGAACUUUUACGCGAUGGGGCGCGAUCAAUCGCACUUUGUUGACGCUGAUAAAUUCAUCCCCGAGCGCUUCUCGACGCGCCCUGAGCUGAUCAAGCAUAGAGACGCCUUUGCACCUUUCUCGACAGGUCCAUAUAGUUGCAUUGGAAAGAACUUGGCGCUUAUCGAGAUCCGGUUGCUAGCCGCUCACCUCAUCACCAAAUUCGAUGUGGAGUUCGCGCCUGGGGAGGAUGGAAGCGACCUGCUCAGAUCGCACGAUCAUUUUGUGGUUGCCUUGCGGCCGUUGAACCUGAUUUUCAAGAAACGCGGGAAUGAAUCGCUUGCUCAUUAG